GGCUUUGAAUUUCUAAAACUUGUAGGAUCUACUCGCAGUCGAAAUCUUGCGUUGCUUCAGUGUCCCAGCACUGGAUACACCCUUGCCUAUCUGAAAGAUCCAUCGACGAUGAUUGGACAGGCUACAAUCUACAUACGUCCACUUCAACAGGAUCUACCCUUAGAUUGUGAGAGCUCACGUCCUGCCUCUGGUCCAGUCAUCCCCUGCAUCACUUGUCAGAAGGAAGUUCCCUUUUCAGAGAUGAAGCUGCACAGAUUGAGCUGCAAUGGGACACCCAUGCAGGAAUCAGAAAGAGAACAAGAGGGAGGCCAAAGUGAAGAAAAUGAUAGUGAGACAGCCCUAGUCAGUGACAGUGUUCCAGUGAGGCCUGAAACAUCAGCUGAGAGUGCAGUAGUACCGGCAGUGAUUGUCAACGAGGAGUUGGAUCGCAAAGAAACAGACAGUGAAUGGAAGCUUAUUAAAGAACCCACUCAAGCUGCCAAAGUUUUCAAAGAGAAUCUGCUAAGGGAACAUGCAACUGGGAAACCACUUAGAAUGAAGAUGGAUGUAAGGGACUCUGAAGAGGACAGGGAACGGGAGCUUCUCUUAUUCUAUAAACAGCAGCAAGAAUGGGCAUGUCCACUUCAUUGUACUCUGGUUGGUGAUGUUGCUAUCGGAGAGGGAGUGAUGCGGUACUUUAUGACAACAAUCAUAUCCAAACUCCAGUUUGGAUUCAGUCUAGAUCUUGGAGGAAUGGGCCGAACACUGCUAUUUGAGGGUGAACCUGACCAUCUUGUUCCAGCAGCAUCAGAGGCACUUAUUGAAAGCAACCUCUUCCGGGUUGCAGGAAGGAUGUUGGGCCACACCUUUCUGCAUGAUGGUCCCCAUGUCACAGGACUAAGUCCUGCUGUAAUUCAUGUACUGUUCAAUGGGGACCCUGAAAUGGCUACUGUUGUUACAGAAGACUGUCCUGAUCUGCACAUCAGGAGCAUCAUAGAACUGCUUGAACAUGAAGAUCUUACACCGGAACAGAAGGACACAGUUUCAGAUCUUUCCAUGUCUUGGGAUCUUCCGGCAGUCACCAAAACAAAUCGGAGAUGGCUACAUAACAAACUUCUACUCCAUGCAGUCGUUGGGAGGACCAUGCGCCAAAUUAAACAGUUGAGAAAGGGACUGAAAGAUGUGAUGGUAUGGCCCCUGCUGACAUCUAGGCCGGAUGUUGUACCACUUCUUUUCCCCAAAAUGGCUGAAAUGCAGUUCACACCCCAGAUGCUCCUAGAAAAAAUCACAUGGCCAGUUGAGGACAGUGAUGAUGAAGACUUUGACUUAGACACCACCUGCCGCAUCACUGGCUUUCUAAGGAUGUUCAUUGAAACAGCUUCAUCAGGUACCCUGGCCCAGCUGCUGACAUUCUGGGUUGGCUGGGAGAUGCUUCCUCCUGAACUGAGAGUGGAGAUUUCUGGGGGAACCCUUCCUACGUCCUCCACAUGCUUUGAAACCCUAAAGCUGCCAGCUCAUUUCAAACUCUACAUGGACUUUGAGAAAGCACUUGUCGCUGCCAUAAAAAGUACUGGAUUUGGGCUUGUUUAAGUUUUUUCAGACGUCAAUUAGGGCUGGGCAAUAUUUUAAUAUUAUAUCUAUCGUGAUAUAAGACUAGAUAUCGUCUUAAGGUGCUUUUCCAUUACCAGUACCUACUUGACUCGCCUCGCCUCGACUCGCUGUGCGUCCGUUUCCCAUUGCAGAUUUUAGGAUUGCCUCAGCGUGGCUGGUCGUCAUAGCGACUGCCGUGGGCGUGGCUUAGUAGCUUGCUUUCCCAUUGACAAAUCCCCGCCGCAUUUCCUGGUUCUCAGUCUCCGUGAACAACAUGAUAUCAAAGAGAUAGUUAACGUUAACUGCUCCAGAUUUCCCACCGUGAUCACAUAUAUAUGACUCUAGAGUCGCUACUCGCUUUGUUUCUCUCACAUAUAUAUGACUAGAGUCGCUACUCGCUGCGGAGAUAAUCGCCGUCACUCUCUCACUUCUCCCUCGCUCACUAGCUACACACACACACAUAUGGCGACUCGACACACACACAUCACACAUUACACACACCAGCGCACCAGUAUAACCAUCAGGCCACUUGUAUGCUACGGAGAAAGCUCUGCGUGGAGCCUCCGGCAGUAAAAACCACCGCUGGCUAAACUAUUUUAAAAUGCUGUCUGUCGCUGGCAAUGCAGUGAUCAGUGACGAUUCUUUCCGACCAAUCAGCAGCCUGCAGGGUUUCACGUCACCUUCUCGGCUCGCCUCAGCUCGCUUGGAACCUCGACUGAGCAGGUGCUAAAAAAAGUAUAUGUUAGCAGGUACCAGGUACUUUUUUUCGUAAUGGAAAACCAAAAAAGGCGAGGCGAGGCGAGUAGGUACCAUGUAAUGGAAAAGCACCAUUAGAUUUUGAAGAAGUGUAAUAU